UGUGUCAUUUAGCUACAGGAUGCUUGAUGAAGUGAAGUUCUACAGAUUAAUGCAGCAAAGAAGAACUUUAGAAUGGGUAAAAGUUUCUCCAGUGCAUCUUCAAACAGGAAAUCUGAGAUUCAGAACAACUUAUAUUUUGGCUUGUAUUCGCUGAUCAUGGGGUGAUCCAGAAAUAAACUCCAGGCUUCAAAGUGAGAGUGUUUUAAAGCCGUCCUGCAGUUGAUCGAAGCAUCCAGGCAAAGCAGGGAGAUGAAUACCAACGAGGAUUUUCUGAAUUAAGACUUAAUCGAGGAGAUAACUAAUUUCAACAAUAUUAAUAGCCUUUUUUUUCAGAACAAAAAGGAAAGCAGACAAAAGAAAAGAAAAGAAAAGAAAAGAAAAGAAAAGAAAAGAAAAGAAAAGAAAAGAAAAGAAAAGAAAAGAAAAGAAAAGAAAAGAAAAGAAAAGGAGAAAUGGCUACCACAGCAGCAAAUACUCAAAGAGAAACGAUCGGCUGCGAGGAAUACAGUCUGUACAGUAGCCUGAGUGAGGACGAGCUUAUAAAAAUGGCCAUACGGCAGAGCCUAGGGGAGGACCCCACAGGGCAGUCAGCUGCCCAGAGUCACCAGAAGUCAAUCGUGACGGCUCCCGGCGAGGCGGCAGCCCCCAGCCGCACCAGCGGCCACAACCCGCCCUACCAGAUUUACCCCUGGCAAAGACUGGCGGCCCACGCGAGAGGCCAUGCUCAGACUUCCAGCUUGGGGGCAGCCUGGGGGGUCAGGCGAAGGUACGACGGCAGCCUGUUCAGCACGCGUCAGCCCGUAGAACUUGACCCAGUAGUGGCAGCAAUCAAGGAUGGAGAUGAAAAAGCAGUAUGUAACAUGAUGAAAUCGGGAAAAGACCUUUCUGAACCUAAUAAGGAUGGCUGGAUACCCCUCCAUGAAGCUGCAUAUUAUGGCCAAGUGGGUUGCCUGAGCCUGUUGCAAAAAGCGUACCCUGGCACGAUUGACCAGCGCACUCUCAAUGAGGAGACGGCACUGUACCUGGCCACAAGCCAGGGCAACCUGGACUGUCUCCUCACCCUGCUGCAGGCUGGAGCUGAGCCUGACAUCUCCAACAAGGCCAGAGAAACGCCACUCUACAAAGCCUGCGAGCGCAAGAAUGCAGAGGCUGCAAGACUCCUGGUGCAGUACAAUGCUGAUACCAACCAUCGUUGCAAUAGAGGAUGGACUGCUCUCCAUGAGGCUGUCUCCCGAAAUGACCUGGAGAUUAUUGAUAUUCUUGUGAAAGGAGGUGCCAAAAUUGAGUCCACAAAUGCCUAUGGAAUCACUUCUUUAUUUGUGGCAGCUGAGAGUGGGCAGCUGGAUGCUCUAAGAUACCUGGCAAAAUGUGGUGCUGAUAUAAAUACUCAAGCCAGUGAUAAAGCCUCUGCUCUUUAUGAAGCCUGUAAAAAUGGACAUGUACGUAUUGUGGAGUUUCUCUUGUCCCAGGGAGCAGAUGCUAACAAAGCCAAUAAAGACGGCCUGUUACCUCUUCAUAUAGCAGCCAAAAAAGGCAUUUGCGAGAUUGUCUCCAUGCUGAUCCCCGUAACCAGCCGCACUCGUGUCAAGCGCAGCGGCAUCAGUCCCCUGCAUUUAGCAGCUGAGCGCAACAACGACGACAUCUUGGAAGAGCUGAUCGACGCGGGCUACGAUGUGAACAGUGCCCUCUCCCAGGAGCGCUCCUGCCUUUACGAGGACAGACGCACCACCCCCCUUUAUUUUGCCGUCUUUAACAACAACAUCUACGCUACAGAGCUCUUGCUGCAGGCUGGAGCCAACCCCAACGUUGACCUCAUCAACCCAUUACUUAUCUCCAUUCGCCACGGCUGCCUAAAGACUAUGAAACUGCUUCUUGACCAUGGAGCAAACAUUAAUGCCUACAUUUCAAGCCAUCCCACCACGUUUCCAGCUACCAUCAUGUUCUCAAUGAAGUACCUUUCUGUGAUGAAAUACCUCCUGGAUCUGGGCUGUGAUGCAGUUUCCUGUUUUGAGUGUCGGUACGGAAAUGGCCCGCAUCCUGCGUUAAAUUACAGAAGGGACAGACUUAACGAUCCUCAGCAGUCCAAAGAGCCAACUGUAGUACAGUUUUGUGACAUGGUGUCCGCUCCAGAGAUGAGUCGUUGGGCCGGGCCUAUUAUCGAUGUUCUCCUGGAUUAUGUGGGUAACGUGCAGCUUUGUUCCCGGCUGAAGGAGCACAUAGACAGCUAUGAGGACUGGGCUGUCAUUAAAGAAAAAGCAGAGCCCCCAAGACCUCUUGCCCAUCUUUGCCGCAUCAAGGUCCGAAGCUUGGUUGGAAGAAAUCGCAUUAAGCUUAUUGACACCUUGCCUCUCCCAGACAGACUGAUUCGAUACUUACAGCAUGAUUACACGCAGUGACCUUGGGCAAACCAGACACACAGCAGCUUCCCAGCAUGGCACCCAGCAUCAUCGCAGUGGAAAUGGCAUGGCAAUGGCACACAUGCUGCAUGGUCGGGAGGAACUGCUGCUGACCUUGGUCAAGUGGCCUCCAAUUACCCAGCUAAAGCAAAUACACUUCUGGAGCCAGAAUGAGAACAAACUGAAACAGUGUGCUAAAUACAGAACUAUCACUGGUUUUUCCAAGAGAAAACUUUUACGAUUCACCUCAGAACUUUGUCUGCGAAGAAAGGGAAAUGAAAACCAGCACUGAAAGAUGAGUAGUGCUGACACAAGUUUCAAUGAGGAACUAAAAGGUAUUCUGGGGUCUGGUGGAACUUAGAGUCCUUCCUGUGAUCAGUAUUCAGAAAUCAUCAAGAAUCACAGUAUUUGGAAAAACAAUCACAUUUCACUCACUGACUGAGAUUUUUCUUUUAAUUUCUAUUCUGUCGUUUAGAUUUCUGCUCAAUGUGCUUGUUACUAAUUCUCUGAUACUUUGACACCAUCUUGCUAACACUUUUACUUUCCUUUUUUUUUGACCUUUCUUUUUGAAUAGAGAAUUUGAUUUCUGAACAUCAAAGCUCAGAAUUUCUAAAUAGAUUCUUGUUCCCUCAACACAGUACUGUGUAAAUAUUAGGGGAAAUCCAGAAGUCCUGGUUCCUUUAAAAGUCAAGGGAAGAUUUAUUUAAGAAGGAUGUAAGAACUGUAUUUAUGCAUAGAAAAUACAGUUCAUAUUGCAUUUUGUUUGCAAGAAGUAGGUGAAAUUGUAUUGGAGAGAAUUUUCUAGACUGGGGAUUUGAAAGCAACUCUGAGCUCAUUUUGGCGGUGUAAAUUAGAAGUAGCUGCACUGAAAACAGUAGCUUUACUCUGCCUUGAAGCUGGUGUCAGAAAAGAAUGAAGCCCUAGAGGAACAUGAACUGACAGUGACGCAGUGAGAGAGGCAAGGUACAUAGGGAUAUGCAGCCUUGUUAAACCAGCUUUAUUUGUUGCUAUGCUAUAUCUUACUGUCCCCACAAAACCCAGCCUCUCUUACCUCCUUGGACCACUGUGACUAUGACAAUACUAUUACUGGAAGACAGAUUAUUUCAAAAUGAUGAAACUCAAACCCAAAAUUAGCAUUCUAAAGCCUUAUUCAGGUGCCUAAACAAGGUGAAGUUGCUUGCACCAGAUGUAGUUCUGCUGAAGCCCACGGGACCACAUUUGGUGUCAGAUAUUACUGAGGUAGAAUAAAAGCCUUAUUCAGCCCUGACUUUCCUGACUUUGGAAGUUCAGAGUAUCUCUUAGCUCCCUUUGACACUAAUGAAAAUUACUAUCUCAGCUUCUUUGAAAAUUAGGUCACCUAUUUACAGCUAAGAUCCACAACUGAUUUAUGGCAGCUUAACAAGUCACCAUCUAUCAGCUGAACUGCUAUAAUUGUCCGUGAAAUUCUCUUAUUGAGGUUUUUAACAAGUCACAUUCUCUCGCAGCUGGGGAGGCUGAGGAGCUCAUGAACAGUUAUUGGCAGUGACAGCUCCACUGACAGGUGUGACUUGUGGAACCACUGUGAUCUGAUGUGUGCCUCAGUCCUAGUCAGACACCUAAGUAACGAUGGAAGAAUCAAAAUUUGGCACCAUAUCUUUGCAGAUCUCAUGCUAGUAGCACACCAGUCCUUAUCUUAGGUAUCAAAGGAGCUGCACACUAUGGUUUGGUAGGAUUUCCACCAGAAGUUUGACAGACAUGUUUUCCGUAUUGGGUGGUGUACCAUACACGGAAUCAGGCAGAACUUUAAGUAGAGAAAAUAUGUUGCACUGAGUUUUCUUUGUGUAGAGUUUCACACCUUAACACAGGAUUAAAACUGUGUUGCACACAUGCAGACCUAUUUGGGCAUAGAAGUUUAGAUUGUGAAAUGGAUUGGUGUGAAAAGUGUUCAGCACUUGUAGAGUAGCAUGAAAGCAGAAGCAGAAAUGGUUACAGCUAACUGUGCUCUACCUAUAGCUGUCUCCUUCUCAAGCACAAAAGUAAUUGAAAAACCAACACAGUUUCAAUUCAGACUGAACUGUGAUCUUCUUGCAAAGCCUUGGAAAGUCAGGUGAGAUUUCUCCACUGUUGAAAUUUUGUCCAGCAACUUCCCUUAUUACCAGUUUGGGAUCUGCCUCCUUGUCCCGAAGCAUGAACCUCAGCAGUCUUUCAUGGUGGGAGGGAGGUGCUCAGAGGGGAGCCGUGCUGUCUCCUCAUCCAGUCCCAUGGUGGGCUCAGUCCUGUGGCACAUGGGCACUCUGUCAGGCCUCAUAGAUGGAGCUUCCCAGUCACACUGGUUAAGAGCUGGCCAUCAGUGCCCUCAGUACUGAGAACAGCUGCCUGAAUGGGCCACUAAAACUCUCUCCUGGGUUUUGGGAGACUGUCCCUGCAGACCAACUCUUUAGAAAAUAUGUUCAUAUUUCAAACAAAAAGAAAAAAGGAAAAGAAAGGUACCUUUAUUCCCUGCGUGCUGUGCUGCCUAGAAAAGACUGUCCCAGGCCACCCCUGGCACCUCACAGCACUGAGCAGUGCAGCUCUCCCAAGCUGUGAUCGUGGAAAUGCCUUCUGAACCACACCAGCGAUCUGCUCCAGGCUAAUAAAUAUUGAGUGGAGGGAAAGGGAACGGGGAUUGGAAUUCUUUAGGCCUGUAUUGCCUGGCAGAGACUACGUCCUUAAGCAUUCGUUUGGUGUGCAGUGACAGCCUUGGAGACUGCUGGCUGAUAGAAGGUUUUAAAAUCACCAUUUGCAUGUACACACCACAAGGAUGUUUCCCAAGCUGAAAAUUUCCCCUGAACCAAAAUCAGAUACAAAAGUCUCACAAAUCACUUUUUUUUUUUUAAAUUUCCUUGGAAAGUUGAAACUGGGUUUGGGUGGAGCAAACACACAAAGUCCAUUUCUUCAGCCAAGGAAUAUUCAUGUCUAUUGGGAAAGCCAUGUUCUGGUAGCUCUAAAACAUUUGUCCUGACCAGGAGUAUCACUGAGCUGGAGAGUGCUAAUCUGCUAUGGAAGUACCACAACUGUGAGAAUAAAGGCACACUUUGCGCAGAAACUGUGGAAAAAAUGAGUCUGUAAGUGGGUGAAAGUAGUAAUUACAAUAUUAUUAUAUCCUUUCUGCUUGAUCCUUACUGAAAACCUUUACACCAUCAGUUUACAUUUAUUUGCACUGAAAAAGAGCUGGCUACCUCUUACACACUGACCGCUGACCGUAUUUCAUGUGUGAUACUGAAUCUGCACAAAUUCGAUGUGAAUUUAAUACGUCUGUCUAGAAGUUACUGUGAAAUGGCAAAUACCAAACAACCCAAACAAACAAGGCUUUGUAACCAGAUCAGUACUUCCAGUGCAGGGUAAAGUGGUUUGUUUUUACUCAGCAUGGUAGAUUUCUUCAGAGAUUUUGACUUUUUCUGAAAUGUCCUAGGAGUAUUUCAUGACCAGGUUACUGUACAUUUUUUUUUUUUUACUGCAACAUGUGCAAUUCACUUUAUAUUCUUGUGCACUUUUUUGAUUUUUUAUUUUAUUUUGUAUGAAAGCCUUUUCAUUCACCUUCCCUUCCCAUUAUUUAUAAAAGCUAUUGUGGUGUUAACAGUUUAAAUUUGCAUUGUUGUAGUAAAUAGCAGCUCUCAAAUGUUAUAUUUCCAUCUUUCAAAGUAUGAGUAAACAAGUAGAUUUUGUCCUGAAUAGCCACACUAAAUAACUUCACAAAAAAAUAGCCAGGAAAAGUCUGAAUCAGUCCAACCUUGAACAAUUAAUAAUUUUGAAGUAAUCAUCUCAGGGGUGAGAGAGCAUGUCUAGCUCAGUUGUUUAGAGUGUGGUGCUAAUAAUGCCAAGGUUGUGGGUUUGAUCCCCGUAUGGGCCACUCAUCUGAGGGUUGGACUGGAUGAUCUCCGGAGGUCCCUUCCAACCUUACCAGUUCUAUGAUUCUAUGAACAGCAAGCGUUAUGAGCAAGACAGAGUUGCAAUUCCUUGUAAGUCUUUUGGAAAGCCUCACGCAUCCUCAUUCAGUGAUUUCAAUCACCCUUAAAAAUUGUCUUCUGUUCAUUUGCGUUUUACUUCACUGUUGCUCUAGUUCUUAGCUACACCAGAGCUCUACCAAAGGCCUAGAGUCUGUCCUGGGCUGAUGAGGCAAGUCUUAUUUCCUGAAGAUUGUAAGGAUUUUAGAAUGUAACAUCUGUCUGAAUCUGAGGGUAAGUAUAUAAAUAUCUGUGUGUUGAAGGUCAUUUGGAGCAUUUUAGUUCAACCCUUCCUCUUAAAAACAUAUUAUUCUACUACAUGUAAAGCAUAGAGCCACACACCUUCAAAAUAAUACAGAGUUUAAAAGAAGAAAAAGCAAAACACAGCAUUUAAUUUCAAAAAGGUUGAAGCUUGGUUUGAACUUCCUUCUUUUUCUGGAUUCCCUCAGAAAUAAAAUUUCUGCAGAAACUA